UAUUAAUGCAAAGACUCUAAUUUCAUUUUUUUUUUACGAAACAGAAACUGCUGUAACGGAAGAAGGAACGACCCCCUUUCCAUUUUUUCAGAGUACCACCUCAUUUCAAGUGGAGGCUCGUCUCGUGAAUGGAAGUUUUGAGAACGAAGGUCGCGUUGAGGUGUACCAGAGGGACAUGUGGGGUACAGUUUGUGAUGACAGUUGGGACAUUAAUGAUGCUCAAGUCAUCUGUCGCAUGCUUGGCUUGCCCCCUGCAACUCGUGCCUGGAGUCGUGCUCACUUUGGCCAAGGAUCGGGUUCUAUUGCCCUUGACGACGUUUAUUGCAGAGGCUAUGAAAGUAACAUUGCUGAUUGCCCACACCGAGGCUGGUUUAGCCACAAUUGCCAUCACAGUGAGGAUGCCGGAGUUACAUGUGGUGAACGCCCCACAACACAAAGCCAAGAGAUAACUGAAGAGGCUUCUCCCCAGCCAGAAGUGGACUGCGCCGAGUCUGGCAUGACUGUCUACAUUCCACGGUCUGUCAUAGGCGACGCCUUGGCCUAUCACCUGCAUUUCCAGGACCCCACCUGCGUCGGCAGUCACCAUAACGCCACCCACGUCAAGAUCUUUACAACCUACGACCGAUGCGGGACAUUCAGGGAGAUUCGAGGAGAGAAAGUCAUCUACUUCAAUACUGUUUAUGAUGAGGCUGUCCCUGUGGAGGCUGGUGCCAAUAUCACCCGUGACUUGGAUAUACACAUCACAGCCCAGUGUAUUAUGGACUUGGAUGGCAUGGCCAAACUGAGUUUCCUUCCCGACACCUCUCCAAUCAAUCACUACGAGGAAGGGUUGGGAACCUUCAACUUCUCUCUCUUUCUGUACCGGACCAAUGAUUACGCCACACCCUACCUCCCAGCGGACUACCCUAUCAACUUCAAGAUGGGCGACAUAUUGUACUUUGAGGCGCGCACUUGGAGUGAGCCGGGCCUAGAGUUGUUUGUGCAGACAUGUCGUGCCACGCCGACUUCCAACUCAAACGAUUUCAACCGCUACACUUUCAUCCAGGACGGAUGCAUUGAAGACAAAACCUUGGUGUUCCGUCCAUCCCACGACUCACACGCAGAACGUUUUGAGAUAGAAGUCUUUGCCUUCAUAGAUACCCUUCCUCAGCCAGUGGUGUACAUUCACUGUGACAUGAUUCUCUGCAAUGCCAGCGAUGCCGACUCACGCUGUGCCCUAGGAUGUCCAACUGGUGAUGUCAGAUCUCUGCUGAACAUGCACAAACGGCGUGCUAGAUCCACCUUGUCCGGUUCCCGGGCUUACCCCAUCACACAAGGACCCAUAUCACUGGCAAAGGAAGGAGGCAAAGAAGCCUCUUCAGGGCUGUCGUCCGUCCAGCUGCCAAUCCUUCUGACAACCGUCUGUCUGUUGGUUGGCUGUGUGCUGGUACUUGGUACACUGGUUGUCAUGAUGCGCAAGCGCAGUAAGCGCCUGGCCAUGUACCAACCAUUGGCCAUGGAUGUGGAAGAGUAAAACCAUUGGGUAGCUGACAUCGGACUCGGCCUUUGCUUGGAAUCAAACUGGAACUUGUUCAACUAGACCACAAUGUUUAGUUUUAUUAAAUUUACGAGAGCACCUACUUUGUUUCCUGAUUUGGAGAACCUAUUAUUCCACGCUAACAUCUUGGGCACGAACAGUUUGAAUUCAGUUUUAUGUAGGACAGUAUGAGAACAAGAAGGAAUAAAUUAAAUGUCCAAUUAGAAUACUAGAUGCAGUGUAGGAAUUUCGGUACGAAGUCUUUAAAACUCCGUUUUAAAGUUUUGGGUUGUUGACAUGGAACAAAAGAAAGCUCAUUCUAUUACUACUUGCACAUUUCUUCAUUAUGUCAUAUCGGCUUGAUUGAUGCAUCAGAACACAGAUGCAUUCAUGUGAACACAGCUGGAUUUGAAAUUUACUACAGAUUUACGCCUAUGCCAGCCGGCUUCCUUUUGCAAAGCAAGUAUGUGCUCUCGUAUUUUUUAUAAAUUAGCACUACCAACACAACGGAGAUAUAUCCACGACAGCAUAGUGAGUUUGUUACCAAAUCAAGUAAAUGAUUGCCAAAGCGUAAGGUUGAGUCAUAAUAUUUAGCACAGAUAGGUAGCAUCGGGCAGCACAGUGGAAAUACUUUGUAAAAUGUAACUUACCAAUUUGUUUCAUUUUCUUGCCUUCGAGAAACACUUUGUAGCACCCUAUUAUUUUGAGUUUGAUUUUUUUUUCAUAUACAUUGUCCUAUUCCAAACAGCUUCGUAAGCGCUUCAUGGAAUUAAGUCACAGAGUUGUCCUAUGGUAUUUUUCCCAGACUCCAGAAAUAUCGAUUUGCCUUAUAAGCUGUUAAUUCGUUAAGUAGAGAUAAGUAAAUUAACUUAGUAGAAAAAUCUAACAGAAAAACAAUGGCAUAUGGGCAAGUGGAUUAUGAUAAUUACUGACUUGCAGGCUUUACAUAAGAGAACUGCUAAGAUACUUACAUCCCCUUUUUUGUCUUUUUUUCUGUAUUUUACCCAGACUUUCGCUGGUGUCCAGUUUUGGUACCAGCAAAACUGCUUUCUGUAAACAGAACCUUUGAGAGAUGCUUUCACUUGCAGUGGUUUUCAGCUAAUUUAAUUACGCCUGUCGAGGCAGAUCCUUCUUGGAUCUAGUUCUUGGUACGGAAAGACGCGUGGGUACCAGUUUGUAAUGUUACCAACAGUAAGUUUUGCAACAGAAUGGCAAAACUGGAGCAUAUUUUAACUACCCACACAGAGGGCUGAUUUUUCACAAGUGACCUGAAAUCUUAAAAACAAUCCUAAAAAUAAGAGUGCUUUCUAUUUUGGUAGAGUUCUAUAGUGCGACGCACGUAAUCCUUCUCUAGAACGUCGAUUACAUCUGAAUAUUCAGACAGUUUUCCGCAUUCAAACAACAGACACAAACGAACAAAUCAAGGAUACCUUCUGCAUAUCACCCAGGGAACAUUAAUGAGGUAGCUUGGAGUGUCUGUAGCGUAUUCACUUAAAGGGCAAUAUUUUAUAGAGCACCGUGCCGAGUGCCACCGAAGAUCCUUGUUCACUGCAAAUGAAAUUACUGUUCAAUCUGGACAUUUCUGCAGUGUUUGUUGAAUUUGGCCUUUUUUGAUUAUCAUCCCAUAAAUGCAGCAUUCCAUUUUCGGUCAACCCAUCCAGAGAGCUUUUAACUGAAAUGUAACGGAAAAUAAAACAUGUCAAAGCGGUGA